AUGGGUGCGGAUGAGCCGCGAUUUCGCGUGCUUCACGUCAGCAACAUAUCGAUGACGGCAACGCGUGAGCAGAUCUAUCAGCUGUUCGCCUUCAUUGGUCGCAUCGAUGAAUUCAAGAUUUACCCUUCUGAUAAUCAUCCACAAUUCUCGACAUUUACUCAGAAAUUUGCGUACGUUAAAUUUGAAGAUCAGAAGUCGGUGGAAGUGGCGCAGCAUCUCACCAACACUGUCUUCAUCGACCGAGCACUGGAGACGGCACUGAAGACAGGCGGCCCGGCAUGGCCUGGCCAACGCCAGCUGCCCCCAAAUGUCACUAAUCAAAUUCAGGAUUUAGGCGAUGGACAGCAAAUGUUGCUUACAGUGGACCCGACACUGGCGGCGCUUGGAUUACCACCGUAUCCGGCACUGAGCGCAAAUACGGAGCCAUCAAAAGUGGAAGAAAUUCGUCGAACAAUCUAUGUUGGUAAUAUUCCGAAAGAAUGCGACAGCGAAGAAAUUAUGCGAUUUUUCAAUGACAGCAUUGGCGAGGCAAGCUCAUUUUUCUCCUACAUUUCGCACAUCACCCUAUUUUUUCUUUACUUUUAACG